AGUUUUUUUUUUUUUUUUUUUACUUUUUAUUAUAAAAACCGGGACUUUAAUAUAACUGCAAACAAAAUGUAUGGUUGGUUGUGCUUUAUAUAGGCGAUCGAUCUUUAUCUGCUGAAUCACUAUCAAUCUGUGCAUUUUAUAAAUCCCGCAGACUGUUUGAGUAAUCCGGGCUCGCCCACGUGGGCUGAUCUGCUGAGGGAGCGCUGAAGAGACUCGCGCGCAGCUCGCGCUUCGUUACUCAGCUGAAGCCAUGGCAACAGAAGGGCAGAAAGUGGUGCUGAUCACCGGCUGCUCGUCCGGGAUCGGGAUGGCCAUCGCCGUGAUGCUGGCGAGAGACGAGAUGAAGCGCUACUACGUCAUAGCUACGAUGCGGGAUCUGAAGCGGAAGGAUAAGUUGGUUGAAGCGGCUGGAGAUGCGUACGGUCGAACUCUGUCUCUGCUCACGCUGGACGUCUGCAGCGACGAAUCUGUCAAACAGGGUGUCGACAUAUAUCGACAUAUAGACAUACUCAUCAAUAACGCUGGCGUCGGUCUGGUGGGGCCCAUUGAGGCUCUCAGUAUGGAUGACAUGAAGCGGGUGUUCGAGACCAAUUUCUACGGUGCGGUGCGCAUGAUUAAAGAGGUCAUGCCCGACAUGAAGAGGAGACGAUCUGGACACAUCGUCGUCAUCAGCAGCGUGCUGGGCCUGCAUGGUGUGGCAUUUAAUGACAUCUACUCUGCGUCAAAGUUCGCCACGGAGGGAUUGUGUGAGGGUCUCGCCCUCCAGCUGCUCAAGUUUAAUGUCUUUGUGUCGAUGAUCGAGCCCGGGCCUGUAAACACUGAGUUUGAGAUGAAGUUGAUGGCAGACAUUUCUAAGAAAGAGUUCAUCGGUGCUGACGCCGAGACGCUCUAUCACUUCAGGAACUGCUACCUGCCCACCCAAGUGAACCUCUUUCAAGGCCUGGGACAAACACCUGAAGACAUUGCCAAGGUCACUAAGAAGGUAAUUGAGUCGCCUUGUCCUCCGUUCCGUAACCUGACGAAUCCUCUGUACACUCCGAUUGUGGCGCUGAAGUAUGCGGACGAGACGCGCAGCCUGUCUAUUCACACCUUCUAUCACAUGCUGUAUAACCUGGGAGGAGUCAUGGAUGUGAGCGUGAGACUCAUGAAGUACCUGACCCCUGGAUGGUUACGGAGACGAACCAUCUCACCAGUCUAACACACACAUCUCCUGAGAAUACUUACAAAGAUCAAUCAUCUCGUCUAACAGAUGCAUACAAACACUCUAUGGACACACUAAAGCUCAAGUCACCAUUGGCUAGUAAUUUCUUUAUUUUACUACCAGACUUUUACGUAGACUGCAAGAACAAUGCAUUCCACAUAAAAAGUAUAAUAUAAAAUAGAAAUAUAAAAAAUAAAUUUCAAGUCUGUAAUAAAUAAAUCAUUUAUUCUACGGGGCUAUUGAAUGCUCGAAUCUGAUUGGUUGACCAGCGUACCAAACGCAUGGCUAAAGUAGUUCUAGCAGGUCUUGACUGCAUUAUUUUCUAAGAAUUCAAUGGCCCGUCAUCAGUUAUUCCUUACAUAAUCAAACUACAAGUAAACAAAUAAACACAAUCGAAAAAAGAUUUAAA